AUGGAUCUUAAUAAAUUAAGUACAAUAAUUGAAAAUAACACUGAAUCUGAAUUCUUAGCAAAAAAAGAGCAACAAAGUGCAAAUAUAUUUGAAAGAUCUUGCUAAAAAUGGAUUAUAGAUGAUAGGAGUGAGUAAAUCAAGUAGGGAUUGCAAGGAGAUUCAGGCCUUAAAGUAAUCAGCAGCUUUGAAGAUGUUAUCCAAAAUGCAAACUCAAAAAUAAAAUAAAAAGUGUAAAUAGAUAAUAACAACAUAAAUGAGUUAGAUAAAAGCUAAUUCUAUCAAUUUAACAUUACUUGUAGCAAGUAAAAUAAUAUGUCCAUCUUUAAUAUCAACGAUAACGAAGAAAACUCAUCUAGUGAAAAUUAAUAAAAAAAAGUAGAAGAUUAGAAAUAAUAAGUAUUGAAUAAUCAAAAUGAGAUAUAAGUUAAUAUCUGCUCAGCAACAAGAAAUAAAUAAAAUUCUAAAUAUGACGAACAUUUAAAAUAAAAUACCCGUCGAAAUACAUAAGUCAUUUAAACAAUGAGCAGAUAGAGAGAUAAGACAUGCUCUUUAUAUAUCAAUUAAAGCUAAUUUAACUAACAAAAAAUUAAAAAAGCAAACUAAUUAUAUACUAUGGUAAAUGUAAAGCUAAAAGUUUUAGAGUUUGUAAAAAAGAUGAAGCUUAUAUACAAAAACAGAAAAUUAGAUAACUUAUCUAAAUUUUAAAUUGAAGUUAUUUCAGAUAGUUGCUACUAUUUUGAAAAAGAUUUAUCAUAGAAACACUCCAUUUUUUUUAAUUUGUUCAAAAGAACUAAGAAAUUAAUUUAACAUAUCCCUAUUUUGAUUCCUACUAACAAGAUAAUAAUUCUUUUUGAUUUAUUAGGCAUUAUCUAUUUCUACUUGUUCUUUUUUUUCUUUUCAAUAUUUGCUUUCUUCAACUAAGCUGAAUUAAACUCAAACUAAUUCGCUUUUACUUGUCUUUUAAGUGUAGUCCUAAUGCUUUUAGAUAUACUUGAAUCUUUCAAUAUGGCUGUAUUUAGAAGGGAUAUCAUAAUUUUAGAAAGAGAAUUCAUAAUUAAAUCAUAUUUGCUAAGUUUUCAUUUCUUAACAGAUUUUGUUAGUCUUAUAGCUCUAUUUUCAGAGAUAGUUUCUAACCCUAACUAAAUUACUUUCAAUCCUGAAAAUAAUAUUUGGAAAUAUAUUUAAAUUGUUAUUGUAUUUGUAAAGCUCUAUGGUGUGAAGCAAAAAAUAUAAAGAAUUAAAAAUGUCAUUACGCUCAGUUAAAAUUAAAAGCAUUUCUAUAAAUUAGUUAGCUAAAUUUUUAGUGUCCUUUAAAUAGCUCACAUAUCAUGUAUAGGGUGGUAUUCAUUAACAUUUAUUCAAGAAAAUGAAAGAAAUUGGCUUUAAAAAAUUAAUUUAGAGAACAGCGCUUACCAUAUAAAGUAUAUUUACUCAUUUUACUGGGCAAUUAUUACAAUGUCAACAGUUGGCUACGGAGACAUUGUUGCAACAAACUAUAGUGAAGCCUUAUACAUAUCUAUCAACACAAUCAUUUUUAGCUGUGUAUUUGCUUUUUCAAUUAAUAACAUAGGAUAAAUCCUCCAUGAUAUUUAGAUGUCACAUUAGAAUAUUAAAAACCAAACUUAAGUUAUUGAAAAAUAUCUCAAAAGAAAGAAUGUCAACAUAUAACUUAAAACUCGUGUUAUUUAAUAUCUUUUUUUUUUAGAAGAAGAAAUAAAUAGUAAAUUAUUAAAAGAAGAAGAAUAAGUUCUCUCUAUUUUAUCUCUUAAACUUAGAGAGGAAAUCAUUUAGGAAGCAAAUUCUUAAAUACUUAAAAAAUUUAAUAUUUUUAAUUGUUUUUCUCAACAAUCAAUCAAUAAACUAGUUUUCUAAAUGAAAGAAAUAAUAGUUUCUCCUGGAGAAGUCAUAUUCUCAGAAGGAGAUAGAGAUGAUUCAAUUUAUUUGAUAACUAGCGGAUAAAUUUAGAUUUUGUAAAAUACUGCAUAAAAAAGUUGUUCAAUAUUCCAACUGAAAACAUUAUCAGAAAAUUAAAUAUUUGGUGAGAUAGCAUUUUUUUCUUAAAUGCCAAGAACAGCAACUGCAAAGAGUUUAAAUUUAUCCACACUUUACAAAAUAGAAAGAAAAGAUUUUAUUGAAAUAGUUUAACAAAAUCAAAUGGAUUUUGAAGUUUUUAAAUCAAUUUAACAUUAAAUUUUACUCAAUUAUGAUUUCAAAUAAAUAUAAACUAAAUGCUAUUCUUGCAAUUCUAGCAAUCAUAUAAUCUAAAAAUGCCCGAUUGUCCAUUAAGCUUUUGAUUGCUAGUUAAUAAACUUAAAAAAUAAUUAUCACACAUAAUAAGUGAGACAGAAAUUCAAUAGACAAAAUAUAAGAAUAUACUAAGCAAAAAAUUUAGCAGGUCUAAAUAUAUAAAUACAAAAUUAGUUAAAAAUGGAUUUAGAAUACUAGAAUUUUUUUAAUUCUGAACUUGAAUUAAGUUAGUAAUUUGCAUCAAAUAUUUAAAUGGAAGAAUCAAAACUACAUGGAUGUAUUAACGAAAAUAGUUAGUUAUAUUUUAAUUAACUAAAUGAUUUUAAUAACACAUUAAAUAAUUGUGAAUAAGUUACAAAGAGUAAAAACUUAAUUUAAAUAGAUUAAUAGUAUAUUAAUCCUACUAAAAAUCAAUCUCAAAACGUAGCUAAUAAAGUUUUAGGAGAUUUAAGUUUAAGAAACAAUACCAUUAAUGAAGGCAUUUAAUUUGAAAAAGAGUAAGAUUUUUAAUAAGGACUUGGAUAGGAUGAAGUAUCAUUUAGCCACUUUCAUUCUUUAGGCGACAUUUGUAAUAAAAAUGAUGGUAUCUCAUCUAAUUCAAAAAUAUCUAUUCAUAAAAGUAAAAAAAAAUCGACUAUUUUAAAGAAUUAUAAUUACAUAGAUAACAUUUAAGUUGAUAAAAUUCAAUCUUGUUCUACUAAUUAAUUUGAAUAGGAAUCAAUCAAUUUGUCCGCAAAUCUAAUUACAGAAUCUCAUUAUUCACAGGAUUAAAAGUUUCAUAAAUAUUUACCAAGCUAUGCUUCUUUAUAACUUUAUCCAGAGGAUAAAAAAAAUAAAAUAAUCAGCUCCAAAACUCAAGAAAAUAAGAUAAUUAAACUAUGUAAAGAUGAGUUAUAAAAUGAUUUAAAGAAUGAAUAAUCUUAGUAAAGCCAAUUAUCAAUGAUGACUACUUCUUCAAAUGGUAAAAGAGAAAAAACUACAUCUUUGGGUAGAAAAUCUUAAUUAUAAAAAGUAUUAAAAACGCAUGAUGGAGAUUAAUAAUAGACAAUGUUAGGUAAUAGACAAUCGAUUGUAGCACUAUAAAAAUUGUUUUAAUAUGAUUUUGACUUAGCAAAAAAUUACAAAUACUUUUUACCAUUUAAUAAUUACAACUUAGUUAUAAAGGAGUAUAACGCACUAUAAAAUAUAAAUUUUAAAUUAUUUUUUUCAGGAACAUAAACUUCAAAGUAGUAGAACGAUAAUGAUAAGCUAAAACCUAGACUCUCUCCUAGAUCAAGAUAUAUAUUUAUGAAGAAAUAACAAAAAAAUAAGAUUUGCUAUGGAGUAUCAACAAAAUCUUGUAACAAGAACCCCAAAGUUUUUGAUAAAAAUAUUUGA